UAAGUAAAAAAAUAGAACCACGUUUCAACAGUGCCAUGCGGAGAAAUUAUUUUUUUGUGUGAAUUUGUGUGCUAUAAUUUUGUCGCAGACGAGCGGAUUACAUAACCUUGAAUCACGGGACUUCAGUAUUGAUCACAUUAAUUUUAUUUAUAUUUUCUUGAAAUUAUAACGAGUUUACGGUACUACCACAUCAGACCUGACACUUCACCAGUAAGGAGCCAGGCAUACCACAGCCAUGCAUCGCGCAAGGGUAGUUUUUAACAUCUCCAACAAAGUUGGCAACACAGAGAGAUUUGCAUCAUGGCUCCUCAACAAACCACAGACCGCCGCUGUGACAGUAAACGCCAACAGGCUGAAAAGUUCCACAGCGGCCGAACCCUUCCUCAAUGGCUCCAGCUCAGCGUACGUCGAGACCAUGUACAACUCGUGGCUGUCUGACCCCAACUCCGUACAUGCCUCCUGGGACGCGUUCUUCCGCAACGCGACCGCGGGCGCGGCUCCGGGUGCUGCCUACACUUCCCCGCCGAACCUGGCGCCCUACAACAAAAACGAGAUGCCCCUCAGUGCUCUAGUGCCUGCGUCUGGUGGCAUGCCUUCUAUAUCUGCUGGAUCUCCAAUCAAUGAAAAGAUCAUCGACGACCAUCUGGCUGUACAGGCCAUCAUCAGGAGUUACCAGUCUCGAGGUCACCUAGUGGCGCAUCUAGACCCUCUGGGCAUAUCCACGGGGGACCCCGUAGAGAGCACGGAGUGGCACGGAGGCCUACGGGGCUUCGCCAGCGAGGCGGUGGUUAGGCAACACGUGCGAUUUGAUGAAGCCGACAUGGACAGGGUGUUCAAACUGCCCUCCACCACUUUUAUUGGAGAGAAGGAGAAGGCACUUCCUCUCAGGGAAAUCCUGUACCGCCUCGAGCAAGCGUACUGCAAUAACAUCGGCAUCGAGUUCAUGUUCAUCAACUCCUUGGAGCAAUGCAACUGGAUCCGGCAACGGAUGGAACCCCCGGAUGUCACCAAAAUGAGCAACGACCAGAAGAGACUCAUCCUCGCCCGUCUCACACGAUCCGCCGGAUUCGAAAACUUCCUCGCGAAGAAGUGGUCUUCGGAGAAGCGUUUCGGUCUCGAGGGCUGCGAGAUCCUGAUACCUGCUAUGAAGCAGGUCAUCGACAUGUCCACCAAACUUGGCGUGGAGUCCAUCAUCAUGGGCAUGCCUCACAGAGGCCGUCUCAACGUUCUGGCAAACGUGUGUCGCAAGCCGCUGCAUCAGCUGUUCACCCAGUUCGCCGGUCUGGAAGCCGAAGAUGACGGCUCCGGUGACGUCAAAUACCACUUGGGAACGUACAUCGAGCGCCUCAACCGCGUCACGAACAAGAACAUCCGCCUCGCCGUCUGCGCCAACCCAUCCCAUCUCGAGGCCGUUGACCCCGUCGUGCAGGGCAAGACUCGCGCUGAGCAAUUCUACCGUGGCGAUAAUGAGGGCAAGAAGGUUAUGUCCAUCCUUCUCCACGGUGACGCGGCGUUCGCCGGUCAGGGCGUGGUGUUCGAGACCAUGCACUUGUCGGACCUGCCCGCCUACACCACACACGGCACCAUCCACAUCGUCGCCAACAACCAGAUCGGCUUCACCACCGACCCUCGCCACUCGCGCUCGUCCGCCUACUGCACAGACGUGGCCCGCGUAGUGAACGCGCCAAUCUUCCACGUGAACGGCGACAACCCCGAAGCCGUCAUGCACGUGUGCAACGUGGCUGCCGAGUGGCGCGCCACUUUCCACAAGGACGUGGUCAUCGACAUCGUCUCCUACCGCCGCAACGGACACAACGAGGUCGAUGAGCCCAUGUUCACGCAACCCCUUAUGUACCAGAAGAUCAGGAAUACUAAGCCUGUGCUGGACAAAUACGCAGCCCAGCUCAUCGCCGAAGGCGUCGUCACCGCCGAAGAAGUGAAAGACGUUCGAGACAAAUACGAGAAGAUCUGCGAAGACGCAUACAACCAGGCCAAGCAGGAGACCCACAUUAAGUACAAGGACUGGCUCGACUCGCCCUGGUCCGGCUUCUUCGAGGGCAAGGACCCGCUCAAGAUGUCCCCGACUGGUGUCGUAGAGGAAACGCUCGUCCACAUCGGCAAGCGAUUCUCUGCGCCUCCCCCCAACGCGGCCGAAUUCGAGAUCCACAAGGGUCUGCUCCGUAUCCUCAAGUCGCGUAUGGAGAUGGUCGAGAACCGAACCGUCGACUGGGCUCUGGCUGAAGCCAUGGCGUUUGGUUCCCUCUUGAAGGAGGGUAUCCACGUCAGGCUGUCUGGAGAGGACGUGGAGCGUGGUACCUUCUCGCAUAGGCAUCACGUGCUCCACCACCAGAAGGUGGACAAGGCGACGUACUGCCCGCUCGCGCACCUGUACCCUGACCAGGCGCCCUACACUGUGUGCAACAGCUCGCUGUCAGAAUACGGCGUGCUCGGCUUCGAAGUCGGUUACUCCGUGACCAACCCCAACGCGCUGGUGCUGUGGGAAGCGCAGUUCGGCGACUUCAACAACGUGGCGCAGUGCAUCAUCGACCAGUUCAUCUCGUCCGGGCAGGCCAAGUGGGUGCGCCAGUCCGGCAUCGUGCUGCUGCAGCCGCACGGCAUGGAGGGCAUGGGCCCUGAGCACUCGUCGGCGCGCCUUGAGCGUUUCCUGCAGAUGAGCUCUGAUGACCCCGACUACAUGCCGCCUGAGAGCAACGACUACGAAGUACGCCAACUCCACGACUGCAACUGGAUCGUGGCCAACUGCUCGACCCCGGCGUCCCUGUUCCACAUCCUGCGCCGCCAGAUCGCGCUGCCCUUCCGCAAGCCGCUCAUCAUCAUGACGCCCAAGUCUCUGCUGCGCCACCCCGAGUGCAAGAGCUCUUUCGAUGACAUGAAGGAAGGAACCAGCUUUAGGAGGGUGAUCCCAGAGGAAGGCCCCGCCUCCAAGAACCCGAGCGGUGUGAAGAAACUGGCCUUCUGUACCGGCCGCGUGUACUACGACCUGCUGAAGGAGCGUCGCGAAAAGGGACUCGAAAAUGACAUUGCUAUCUGCAGGCUGGAGCAAAUCUCGCCGUUCCCCUACGACCUGAUCAAGGCCGAGGCCGCCAAGUACGGCAACGCGCAGCUCGUGUGGUCCCAGGAGGAGCACAAGAACAUGGGCUCCUGGAGCUACAUCGAGCCCCGCUUCCGCACGCUGCUGCAGAACCAGCGCACCCUCAGACAAAAGUCAGGGGGUAGCUGGCUAGGGCAACUAUUCGGGCGCGCGCCGCCGCCUAGCGAUGAGACAGAGACGGUGCCGCGCACCAUUAGCUACAACGGCCGCCCGACCGCCGCCUCGCCCGCCACCGGCUCCAAGGCGGCCCACAACAAGGAGCUCAAGAGUCUUCUCAACGAGUUCUGCGAGUUAUAAACACCACACUUUGUUCACACGUAACUUUGUAAACACGUGCAACUGUAGGUGCGACACUUUUUAAAAUGUUAUUGUUCGUUAUACCACCCCCACCAUCACCAUGUUGAAACACUAAUAUGACUUUAGGUGAGCCACUUUAAAAAAUGCUAAAAUCGACUUUGGCGGAAGGCAGCAAUUUCUUUGCACACGGCGAAAAAAAUUGAGUCGACGAAAUCUCCAUGGUGAUAAUUCGGGGACUGAGUGUUUGAGAGUGGAAUACCUACUGUUGUAUGUAUUGUAAGCCAUAACAUCGGCAAAACGCGACCGCGUACUUCACCGAAUCUUAAUUUCUAAAUUGUAUUAAUUCAUAGGCUUUAUCUCGAAAACGAAAUUGUCGACUGCGUUGUUUUCUGUCAUUCUGUUACUCGUCAGUAUUUUGGUGUAACUCUCCACGAUUAGGUAGGAUAGUUAGAUAAAUUCUAAUUUAUUUAUUUAAUGUAGCUUAUCGAGACAUGUAGGUUUCACUAUUUAUUUUUAUAAUUAAAAGCAAUAAUGCUUAUCGUCUCCACUGUGUUAAUUUAGAAUUUAAUUUACAUUAUUCAAUGUAGCCAUUUGACAGUUUGUACAUAAAUUUAAUCAAAUGUUAUUUUUUGUAUGAUUUUACAAAUAUCAGUUCUAACGGGUUAACCAUAAUACGUUCCUUAUGCUAGUCCGAAUCGUCAUCUGUUUAUGUAAUAUUAGGACGCACUUACGAUAUUAUAUACAAGAUAUUACGUAUAUAUUAGCUAGUAUUAUUAAUAAAUAAAAUCCCGCACUAUUACUGAAGAAUGCACAGUAGGCUAAUGUGUAAUUUAGAUUCACCGACAUGGUUUCGCAUUCUACUCCAAUCAACGAGUAUGGUGAUUCUUUUAGAUAAGACGGCGGCUUACUUUGACGCGCGAUCACGCUACAUAUAAAGGUAUCCUUAAACUGCACUGUUAAACUAAAUCGUUUGACUUGGAUCGUUCAUUUUACAAUUUAUAACAAUCUUUAAUGGUACAAUUUAAAGAAAAAAUAUUACCACAGCGAAAAUCCCUUUUCAGCGACGUUCGUUCUAAUACGUAUCAUGUGUUACAGUCGGUUGCCGCUUCUAACAAAACAUAAUCAUAGCAUCAUAUUUCCCACUCGUUGAUCGGUCUACGCUGUAAAUACGCUAGUAGUUACCACUGUCGGCUUGUAAGGAGCAACACCAAUCCCCUCUUGUACAAAACCUACUAUAUCUCGUAUUUCGAGUAUGUAUCUAAUACCUAAUCUCUACGUAGAAUUAACGUAUUUCACUGAUAGAGGAAUGUUUUGACUUGCCUCAAGCAAAGAGUUAUUGGUUGUGCAUUGUAAUUGAGUCUAAGAAAGUUCCUUUUUUGGUAAAACUUUAAAAAAUAGGCUUUCUAGUUUGACAGACGAAUGAGAUGGCUCUAUAUUUACAAACCAAUAUGGCGUGCCAAACCUAAAGUGUCCUUAUGACAAGUGUCCUUUGAUGGAAAGCCUGUUUUCUGGUCACUGAAUUCACAUAAAUUAUUGAAAAGCAGCUAGCGCAUAUUGUAUGGAAUAGUACAUCGUUCUCAUUUACCUGUCAAAUUGGAAACAAAAGUUUAUUACACAUAAAAACCUUAAACAACCAAUGAGUCUUUGCCCCAAGUAUUAUGGCUACGUCAGUGAAAUUGUAGUCAUAUUUCGAUUGGCUUUAUAUUAUUAGUGUUUUAGAUGCCACGUUAUUGUUUAAUAAUUUUGAUGUUCUGUAUUGAAAUGCUCAGAGAAUGGAGAGUGACAGGUAUUUUGACAAGGUAUUGGAUGCAAGGUCUGUGGAAGGGAAACUGAGCUGAUUUAUUGCUAUAUGUUAGUUCGAACAAGUUAAUUUACAAAUAAAUAUAUAUUAAAUAAA